AUGCCAUAAACUUUAGUUCUGUAUGCACUGAGAUCACUUGCUUUUCAUUUGUGUACUUUGAUCACAUGACUCUGGCAGGGAAUCUUUUUAAUGUGAUCUUCAUGUCCAAGUGGCAGUUGCCCAAGUCCAGCAGUGGCUGGGUUUGCGCCGUCCAUGUCUGUGUAAAUGGUCACGGUACCGUGCAGAACCCUGAUUCUCUCAGGAAGUGUUAGACCCGUGUUCUUAUGACUCUCACUGCUAGUCACCUUUUGCUUGCUGACCCCUGUGUGCCUGCUAUUCUCUAUGGCUCCUAUCUUACCAUCUUUCUAGGUGAAAGAGGGCCUUUGUUGACUACGUUAAGGUUAAUGCAUGUAGACUCGCCCCUUUCCUUCCUCCUCCGUAAAUGUAGCCUUCACCAAACUUUCUAGUUCUAAGGUGUGAUGUCUUGACAACUGUGUAGUCAACAUAAUACACUAAGCUAUAACCAGGAGAUGAGCCUAUUCCCUUUAUUUCAGGACUGGGCAACUUCAGGAUUUGUAGGCUCUAUGGUAAACUUGCGGAUACCAAGGGAUCCACUUGGCUGAUUGAUCUCCACACUGAGGUGGGGGUGCAUCUUGAACUGACAGUGCUAGCGGGCAGCCUUACUGAACCUCUGGUGCGGUUUCAAUUUAAGGUCUUUAAUCUCAUCCAUGAAGUUCCAGUCGGCUGGCAGCCGCGGCCUGGGGUGUCACCACUGGUGUCUGUUCAAACCGAACGUGGCUGGGCUGGCAAAGGAUCUUGCUGGCCGCUGUGCAGUGGUGGGCUGUCAUAUGAAGCACUGCCUGUCUGGGGAUCCUGCUGGCCGCUGUGCAGUGAUGGGCUGCCAUAUGAAGCACUGCCUGUCUGGGGAUCCUGCUGGCCGCUGUGCAGUGAUGGGCUGCCAUAUGAAGCACUGCAUGUCUGGGGAUCCUGCUGGCCGCUGUGCAGUGAUGGGCUGUCAUAUGAAGCGCAGCCUGUCUGGGUGUCUGGGGAUCCCCCUGCAGUCUGACCUCCAGCCUGCCUUUUCUAAAAAGGUGUAAGUGCGCAACCCAUAGGAUUAUUUUCAAAAACCUGUCUUGCCAUGCCCACCAUGCCCCCCCACCCCCACCAUGUCCAGUUUUUCUUAAAUGAUUAACGCCUCUGAAUUUCACCCACCUCCCACAGAGAAUGGGGUUUUGAUGCCAUUAACAGAGGCUUGGCAUUGCAAUUAAACACCUAAGGCAAAAUACCCACACUAAAAACCUGACGUUUUUAAUGUUUUAGUGUUUGGCAGCAGCUUGUGUGACAUUCUUUCUGUUUAUUGAAAGAUCAGUAAUAUUAUUUACUCCAGUAAAUCCAUCCAUGCCAUGGGUUAACAUAGUUUGAUUUAGUGUAAAGGAUAUCUUUAUAUCCUAUAUCUCCAAGUCUGUAAAUCAACUAUGGGAUUUAAAAAUUUUUUUUUAAGUAUCUAGGAAAAAAAACUCCCCAAAUAGAAAAUCCAUCUCCAGGUAGCAGCCAGUUUUGUUUUGGUUUCUAAGGGACGGUGGACCGUUUUCUUGGUGCAAUGACCUGUGAAUAUUCCUUCUGAUAAUUUAACUGGCCAACUGGAACACGCAACGCUGUAUAGCCGCUCUGCUGUCCAUGGCGAUGGAUGAAGACAAACCAGCACCAUGGUAACUAAGACGAACAGCAGAUAGUGUCCUGGGCUCAGGUACCUCAGAGCACCAGUGUGAACUAUCAGGCCCCUCUGGUCACUGUGCAGCAUGAAGGAUCCUGUGGUCUUAGUGGCCCUCAUCCUUAGCGGGGAUUUUGCCCUGCUGUGUUGGGCCAGUUGCGUGAGGGAAGAUGUUGCCUAUAUCUGCACUUCAAUGCCGAGCAGCUUCCCCUCCCACCUGUCUUCUGUCCUGUUCUUUGUGAAAGACAUGGGAGAGAUCAACUCCAGCGUGUUGCAGAGCGCUAACCUGGCUUCUGUGACCAGCCUCACCAUGGUCGGCGGCAUCUCCACCAUCCACCCUGAAGCCCUGUACUCCUUCAGCCAGCUUACGAGACUCAAUUUAAAUGACAACAACCUCUCUGAGAUCAACUCCGACUGGCUGCGUCAGCCCAGCUUGUUGAGGAGCCUCAUCAUGUCUGGGAACCGGCUGCAGGUCUUGCAUGAAUCCAUGCUGCAGAACUUCUCUGGCCUUAGCAGCCUGAACCUCUCCCAGAACUUGAUCCACACCAUCAUGCCAGGAAUGUUCCGUUCACAGGGGGACUUGGCUUGGCUGGACCUGUCAGGCAACAAGCUGACCUUCAUAAGUGCGGAGGUCUUCCUGCAACUUCAUUCCACUCGCAUCUUAUUGCACCACAACCCGUGGGACUGUUCGUGCCAAGCAGUGGCCUCUAUGCAGCUAAUCAAAGAGUUGGUUAGCACUUCUCGCUUGGAGAGGGAAUUGGAUGUGGUCUGUGCUUCACCAGCCCCACUGAGAGGAUGGCCUGUGUGGAACGUGUCUGAAUACCUGCUCCCCGGGACCGCGAUCCCUCACGGGGACCAGCCGCCCCCAACCGGCCUCCCCGUUCUUAUAGGCCUUAUAGUUCUUGGUGUGCUGCUCUGUGCCGCCUGUCUACUCUUUGGCCUCUACAAGUGGAAACGGGAGAAGAAACGGGUGAAACCACGCGUGGACAAGGGGAGGGACAGCCUAAAGUCUCAACAGACGGGGGUGAAUGUCGAAGGGAGGGGUUCAUCAGACCUGACCAGGAGCACCGGAGGCAAGACCAGAGCCAAGUCCGCAGGUGCUGUCCUUUGCAUUGGUCAGUCUGGCCAGCAGGUGUCUAGAACAGGGAACCAACUAAUCGCCGAUCAGCCCAAAGUGUGGCACCACCGAGACCGAGAACAGGGAGCAGAGACCCGUCCCUCCGAGCAGCCAAAUGCCAUGGAUCAGGGCGAGGAAACGCGCUUGGCAGGGGCCCAGCAGGACACGGGCAGAGAGAUGAGUCUGCUUCAGGAGACCGAGAAAUUGCCCUACUUAAUCAUCGGCCAGGAGCCUGCAGAGCCAAGCGCAGAACCCCAGGGGGCUCGUUAUGGCAGCAGGCCCUGUGUCAACAGGAGGGCCAUCAGGAGGACGCCAACCUGGCCACCCACUUCAGCUGAGUGGAAAAAGCAACACGUAUGCAGAAGGGAAGCUCUGAACUUCUCUCCGAUCGAUUUUGACAACUCUAUCAAUAAGAGAGAUGCCGAUCAGAGAGACUUCUCCCUGGGGAGUUCUGAUGGUGAUUCUCAGGUCAAUGUGGACAGACCACCAGUAGGGGGCGACAUAGAUCCCCCUGAAGAUAGUUACUGGCCUUUGGUUAAAACAGACAUCCUGAGUUUUAAAGGGGACACUGAAAAGAAUGACACAGCCCAACCUAAGAAGCCAAGCAGUCAGACCCAGUCUGCUGAGGUUAACAUCAGUCAGGCUCAGGACUCGUGUGAUGUGUUGGAAGAGUUCCAUGGCUGUCAGCCUGAGUCCAAUGAAGCAGGAAGAAAGAGAAGGAACCGAACGGGCAGGUGCCCCAGCAGUGGGUCUGGGGCGGAGAUCUCGGACCAUCACGGUGGAUCUAGUUUCCAAAGUUUUCCGACCCACAGCUCACCGGCAGACAAGAAGCUCCUGCAAGGUAACGAAUACGCGUUCAUUAACCUGCUGCAGGAGGUGGUGGAGAAUCAAGGCCGCUGGACCCGCGACCGGUGGAAACAGACACAUUUAAACAGGCAGAGGGGCAAAGCACAGAACCCAUAGCGGAGAGCCUGCACCCUGGCCCAGCUGGAGGGACGUGGGUGGACCUCAGCCUGGGCUGUAUGUCACAGGUUCCUCAUCUUCAUCUGUAGAUACUGUGCUAUGGAGAGCCACUCAGCCCCUGGUGUGUGAAGGGAGGCUCAGCAGACAGAUCCAGCCGAGAGCCGCUGGUGGAUAACCUGCUGCCGGUCAUGUGAUUCAUGGUGACCAUAUUGGCAAUGUGUGAAGACAGUGAAUGACGCUGCAUUUUGAAGUGAAUAUAAUCCAGCAUUUAUUACAUGUUUAAACAGUGUGUCCUUCCACUGUGCUCUGUAAAUGCAAGAAAGGCACUUGGUCAGGUUAACCCAUAAAAUGUAUAAUAAAAGUGUGUUUUGUAACUAUUUCAUGUUGUAUUAUCCAGUAUUAGAAGUAUGAGCGUAAUGCAUGCUUUGUAUUCUAGAGUAUCUGUUGUAGCACAUAGUUACACAAAUCACAUGGCAGUGUUGUAGAAAAAGUGGAACUCCCCUUCUUCCUUUUUAGCAUGCUGCUUUUUUUCUGACAGAUUACAGAAUAGACCAAAGGUAUUUGUACAUCUUUUUUUUCCUCUAAGUAUCCUGCACUACUUCCUGGUCUCUCACUGGACACUCAGCCUAGCUGCGCUUGUACCCAAGUUAAAGUUGUAUACUGGUGUCCGUCUUGUACAGAAGUGUGCCAAAUAAAUGUGAAAUGUGCAUGUAAACAAAGAAAAA